AAAGUCUUAAUUGAAACUAACCCCAACAAUCUCAGUAGUAGCAAGUAGCAGCCAUGCCACCCAAGUCAGGACGUAACAAGGAUAAGCCCCAUCUUAACAUCGUUGUUAUUGGUCAUGUAGAUUCUGGUAAAUCUACCACCACCGGUCACUUGAUCUUCAAGUGCGGAGGUGUUGACGACAGAACUAUCGAAAAGUUCAAGAAGGAGGCUGCCGAGAUGGGUAAAGGAUCCUUCUGUUAUGCUUGGGUUCUGGACAAGCUGAAGUCCGAGCGUGAAAGGGGUAUCACAAUCGACAUCGCUCUUAUGCAGUUCGAGACUGACAAGUUCGAUGUUACCAUCAUUGAUGCUCCCGGACACAGAGAUUUCAUCAAGAACAUGAUUACUGGCACAUCGCAGGCCGAUGCUGCUGUUCUGAUUGUCGCCGCUGGUACUGGUGAAUUCGAAGCUGGAUACGCCAAGACUGGACAAACCAGAGAGCACCUGCUGCUUGCCUUCACUCUGGGAGUAAAGGAGGUUAUAAUUGCUGUUAACAAAAUGGACACCACCUCUCCCCCAUACAAUGAGGGUCGAUUCAAGGAAAUCCAGGGUGAGGUCAGCAACUACUUGAAGAAAAUCGGAUACCAGGUCCCUAGGAUUCCAUUCAUCCCCAUCUCAGGAUUCCACGGAGACAACAUGGUCGCCCCCAUCAAAGAUGAGCCCAACAACAUGAAAUGGUUCAAGGGAUCUACCGUCAAGAUCGGACCCAGAGGAAAGGAAAAGGAUAUUACCCUCAGGUGGCUGACUGAGGCCCUCGACAACGUAGCCCCACCAUCUCGACCCACCGACAAGGCUCUGAGACUGCCCCUUCAGGAUGUCUACAAGAUUGGAGGUAUUGGAACAGUCCCUGUCGGCCGAGUGGAAACUGGUAUCAUCAAGCCCGGUAUGAUCGUGUGCUUCGGACCUACUGGUCUGACCACUGAGGUAAAAUCUGUGGAGAUGCAUCACGAAGCUUUGCCUGAGGCAGAACCCGGUGACAAUGUUGGAUUCAACAUCAAGAACGUCGCUGUCAAAGAAAUCAAGAGAGGAUUCGUCGCAUCUAACUCCAAGGACGAUCCCUGCAAAGAGGCCGUCGACUUCGAAGCCCAGGUUAUCAUCAUGAACCAUCCUGGAAAGAUCAGCGCCGGUUACACACCCGUCCUCGAUUGUCACACUUCUCACAUCGCCUGCAAGUUCACAGAGAUCAAACAGAAGAUCGACAAGCGUACUGGCAAGAUGCUCGAAGAGAACCCCAAGGAGAUCAAAACUGGUGAUGCUUCCCUUUGCAUCCUGAAGCCAACCAAACCCAUGGUUGUGGAGACCUUCAAACAGUACGCUCCUCUCGGACGAUUCGCUGUCAGAGACAUGAAACAGACCGUCGCUGUAGGAGUUAUUAAGUCCGUCUGCAAGGGCGAAAGCACUGGCAAAUCAACCAAAUCAGCAGUUAAGGCAGCAAAAGCUAAAUAGAGUCUGAAACAAUCGAUGUUUUUAAAAUCUAAGCUUGGUUAAUAUUUAACUGCCUUGAAUUGUUGAAAAAUUGUUUUAUUUUUUACCCCACCAAUGAAAUGUUUUAUUUGACUAAACCGA